UAUUUAGCUAGGAAAAGUAAUGAUAUUCUUAUACUCUGAAGUCUUCAGAAACAAAAAAGGUACAAAUUCUUAUAAGUGAUCGUAGUAGCAAAAUUUGACUCGUUACCGUACAGGUGCUUAGAAACAUGGAGUAAAUAAUAUGGCGACCAUCUAGAGUGAACAAACGCAAACAAAAACAACACAACCCAGUGUCUUCCAGUUUUUCCUUGAAAAACUUGUGACCCAACCAUAUAAGAGAGAUAUUUUCUUAUUGGAUAAUUUAGCUGAAACAGAUGGAGACCAUUAUGACGUCUGUCAAAGCUCAGGCGACCCCUCGUGGUCAAGAACCUCCUAUGUACCUUCAGAGGCCUUCUACGGGACGUUCUCAAGAUGUACGCCACAUACUUGCCAGAACGUUCAGAGACCUUUACACACGGGAUGCUGUUAGGCCUGACACUGUGAAAAAUCUUCAAGUUUCCAAAGGAGGGGAUGAUCCAUAUCAUGAACGAUAUGUAGAAAAUCUUCAACAGGUCUACACUGAGUGGCAGCGCCGUAUGGAUGAGGCAGCCAUGCUUGAGAGGCAUAUCAUGCAAGCUCAGGCAAGAGCCAUGUCAGCUGAUGAACGUGAAUUGAACAAGGCUUCUCUAUCCUGCGAUAGCUAUUCUAACCUUGGGUUGCCACCAGUGCGUGCACAUUUUAGGUCUUGUAUUGACAGCCAACUGCUAAAGCAACACAAUCUUCUCACACCAAGUGACUACAUUGUGCAAGAGCCACUGCCUGUUCCAGCCCCUCAAGAAACAGAGUGUUGUGAAUGCUGGCCACAGCACCGACCAAAAAUUCCAGACUAUGCGCGGGACACACUUGCUUCACGUCAACACAGUCGUCAGAACACAAAGUUAGAAGGAGAGGUUCCUUUAGCUUGGAUGCCUGGGGAAAGCAUGGAGUUUCCAACAUUUGUAUCAGAUAUUGACAUUCGAGAAGAAACAGAGGAGAAGGAAGAUAAGAGCUCAAAAGUGCAGCCUGAAUUCCCUCAAAGAAGUGGGUGGAAAGAAUUCACGUCAGAAGAUCAAAGAGAAGCGGAUCGACGUGUGCUGGAUAUGUUGCAAGCAAAGGUGAACUUCCUGCGAAAUCCUCGGCAUGUACCCCCGUCUGCUGCUCCAGGUGGCAGGUCUUUGAUCAAAGCGUCAAAACGAACACCAAAAGAGAUUGGCAUACAAAAGGAAGCAGAUCCACUUCCAACAGACUGUGCUGUUUUUGUUCCUUCCCCUCCUGUUGUAGCAUUCAAAAACUGCAAUGUUGGUGAAGUGUAUGAGAUGACUUUGGAACUAAAGAACAUGUCCACGGUGAUGAGACAGUGCCGGGUCCUUCCACCUACCAGCAAUAUUUUCUCUGUGGGACUCGGACAGUUUCCUAGUGAGAGUGGUCUUGUCGCCCCUGGGAUGAGCUGUAAAUAUGACAUUCGGUUUGCUCCUGAUUCCUUCAAAGACUAUGAUGAUCAGAUCACGGUGCUAACCCAAGCCACAGAGCCUCUUGUGAUUCCUCUGUUGGCCAGAAGGGAACCACCAAUGCUCACAUUGCCGGAAGAAAUUGAUCUAGGUAGCUGCCUUGUUGGUGGGCUACAAGCAACACAGCUUCUAGUCAAGAAUGAAGGUGGAACUGGUCGUUUCUGUCUGAUGAGCAGGAAUAAGUGGCCUACAACAAGCAUCCGGACUGUGAUCCCCAACAUCACAAAGAUUACCAUCAAGCAGCCUCCGUUUGAGAUACACCCUGCAACCUUUGAGCUGGGCAAAGGCCAGUCCACAGUGCUGGAAGUGCUGUUUAACCCUCAGGCAGAGAAAACAUAUGUGCAAGAAAUGACGAUUGCUUGUGACAACUGUCACGCUUCACAUUUCAAGAUCAAAGGUGAGGGAGAGGUUGCUCGUGUGGGUCUUGCUAGCGUAGAGCGAGGUCUGUCUGAACCAAAACUGAAUGAGAUGAAUGAUGUCUCUGCAAAGAACCUUCUGAAGUUUGAUGAUCUCAAUCCUUUCACUUACACAGAGAGGACAGUGAAAGUAUGCAACUUCACGAAGGUGGAACUUCCGUUCCAGUGGAUGGUAUACAAACCCAUCAUGCCCAAGGAUACCCAGGCUUGUUUGCCCUCUUCACAGCCUGCAGAACAUUCUGAGGAAGAGCGUGUGCCUGACCUUGACUCUGUAUUCAGUGUAUUCCCCACCAAUGGCAUCUUGCAGCCAGCAGAAAUCGCAGACUUCAAAUUUACAUUUGCUCCUCCAGCUGAGGGGAACUUCCACAGCGUGGUCCACAUGAUGCUUCAGCACGUGCCUCCACGGAAAGAGAGCGUGAACUCUGUGGACGGCCAGUCCCGACCCGGCAGCACAGAGGGGGUGGCAGGUAACACGGAGGAGGAAAGCAACAACAUUCUCUCAGGGGGAGGAGUUUUGCCUUUCCGUGACAUCACUGGACUAGAGGUUGAAGUUAAGGGUGAAUGUAUUCCUCUCAACGUAGUACUUCACCCCUAUGCCAUGUUUGUGAGUGCCCCAUCUCUCGUUGGUUCUACAAUCAAGAGGCUUUUUACGAUGGCUAACCACAGCUACUCAGCCAUCACAUUCCAGUGGGAGCCGUAUACAGACAGUUAUCUUCUGGAAGUUGAACCUCCAUUUGGGGAAUUAGAUCCUGGAAUGGCAAUGGAUUUGGAGGUCAGCAUAACUGGCAUAGAACCAGGGAAGAUCAGUCAUACCUUGUUGUGCUAUGUGAUGAACAUGGCGGAACCACUGCAUUUGCACGUGGAUGCACACUUCAAGGGUCCUGAGCUUAGAAUCGAAGAACCGUCCAUCAACUUUGGCCUUGUUCGUGUUGGCAAGUCUGAGCAGAAGAAAAUGACCAUUGUCAACGCGUCACAGAUAGUGGUCAAGUUCAACAUUGUGGACUCCCCCACAGGAGAGGAGUGUGAGGACUCCAUGGCUGCCAGUGACCUUAGCUUCUCUGAGAUGUCAGGGGAACUGAAGCCCCUGGAGAGACGGACUGUGACCUUGACCCUGGCCCCCACCUGCGUGAGGUCGGUCAAACGUGUCGUGCAAGUGGAGUAUGAUGGUGGGGAGACUUGUCACAUUGGAGUGUACGGGGAGGCUCAAAAGCCCAUCAUAUGCUUGCUGGAGUGUGACAAAUUCUUGCCCGAGGUCUACCUUCAGGUUCCUGUUGUCUUUAAUGCUGUGCUGCACAACCAGACCCUGCUGCCCACGACUUUCAAGUGGGGAAAGGUCGAAGGAUCACAGAAAGAUGACUGUGUGAUUGAAAUCCAAGAGAUUGAAGGCAAAAUAAAAAGCUGGGAGCAGAAGUCUGUUGCCAUUGCCUUCACCCCAUUGAAAGCGAUGUCGUACUCUGAGGUGAGACUGCCCUGCAAAGUUGGUGGCCAGGAGGAAGAACUGUUCUUGAAUGUGAGCUGUGAUGUCCGGACUCUGGCUGUGUCGUACAAGACCUCUACAGACAGUCAUCUCAUCAGUGAUGAGUUGCUUUUGAACUUUGGUGACGAGAAUGCUCUAGGAGAGACGGUCAAGAGAUAUGUGCACAUCUGUAACCAGACAGCUAUCUGUGCACCGUUCAAGGUGUCAGUGGAACAUUUCACAGCGACUUUGCCCGCACCCCCAGAGGGUGGGGACACACAAACAGCUCGCAGUCAAAGGAGAAACCUGCUCAACAGGACUCCGAAUAUUGCGGAUCCUCUGAGCAAGACACCCCUGAAAGCAAAAGAAGACUAUAACAAACUGGUUCUGCAUGAGAAGAAAGGAGCUGCUUUCCUGGUUCUUCCAGCCACUGGUAUGUUACAACCAUUCGAGGAACAGGCCGUGGAGGUCAUGGCUCACUCAGACAUGUGGGGCAGUUACCAUGACAACCUCAUAUUCAAGGUUGGAGAUUUAGAUGAUGUCAAGAUCCCAAUGGACAUGAAAGUUCUUGGAUGCCCUCUCAGCUUCCAACUGACCGCUGGUCAACCAGAGCAGAAGCCGGUCGUCAGGUUUGGGACCCAUGUGUCAGGUGUGAGCCCUAUCAACCGGAAACUGAAGAUCAACAACUCCAGCCCCAAAGAUGUGCGUGUAGACUGGCAGGUAUUUAAGCAAGAAAACAACCCAGACAAGCUGAUCAACUUCAUUACUUGCUUUGGCAGAGCCUUCCCUCCAAGGGAUAAAUUUGGAAAUGAAAUCAUUCCUGAGAAGAAAAAAGAGCCAGCUCUGAGUCCGCCCAACAUGGACGUGAUUCUGAACUCGCCGGACACCUCUGUGCUGAGUGCCAGUCUCCUGAGCCGGGGACAGAACGACAGCAUGCUGUCAAGUCAUCCCUCGGAGGAAGACAGGCCCAAGAUUGUCUCGUGUUAUGUGAGGCCACAUGAUGGGGUUGUUGUGCCCAAACCCUACACUAUCAAGCCAGCUCAAAUGGUGAUACCAGCUCAAAGCAGCAGCCUUGUUGACCUGACAUUCAGUCCAUUGCCUACUAGUGAAGUUGCUGAGGAAAUGGACUGCUUUGGAUAUGCCCUUGGGUUUAUGAGUCUGGACAAUGAGGAUGCAAACAAGACUAAAGUAAACAGGCAGGAAGCAUAUGAGGCAGAUGUACUAAGACUUGACUUCACAGCUCACUUGAAGCCUGCUCUCCUGACUGUAGAAGAAACAGAUGAUGAGGGCAUGUGCUACAGGUCAGCCAUGAGUGACAUCAUAAAGGGAAAUAAGGUCACUUCUGAAUCGCUGCGUGUCUGUUCCACCAUGCUGUCCAACAACACUUUGACCCCACUGACCUUCAGACUCAAAGUGGAAGAACCUUUUCUUCUGGUGGACCUGGACCCAUCCAGCAAUGCUGAAGGACUGACAAGAGGGCUAUCUACUUCUUUCUGCUCUCUAAACCCCAGGCAUAACUUUAUGGUGAAAGUGGCUUUUAAAGUCUCCCCAUCAAUUCUGCACAACAAUUCAUUCCCUGAGAGGAAAGAAGAAAGUGAAGAUGAGACAGUAGAGAGGAAACUUGAGUUUAAAGACGAGCUUCUCAUACAGUUUGAUAACGGAGCACAGCAGAGCGGAAGUGCGACAACUGCAGCCAUGACACUUUCUGCAUCGAGCCAAGCCAGGGAAUGCUGGAGGCUCACAUCACGCACGUGAGCAACAGCAAGUCCAUCAUCAAAGUGUACUUUACAGCCAAACAUUCUGAGUCGUACGACUGUACAUUCCUUGUGAAAGGCAUGCUGGGAGAGGAUUCACGCCGCAUUCAUGUGUAUGGAUGUGGAUCUUAUGAUGGGAAACAUGAGGCUAUUCUUAAUGUUUAGAGAAAACGUCUUUGUAGAUUUGUGGUAUUUUUCACCCUUCAGAUAUUUCCAAAGAAAAAGACAAUUUUUAUAAAUAUUUAUUUCAUUUCUAGAUGGGGCUGUAGCAGUCUCUGAAAGAAACUUUCUGUGUUGAAAAGAGCAACGAGCUCAUACACUGAGAGAGUUUGUUCUGUAUUAUUCUUAAUAUGUCUGCUGAUGAUGGUGCAAUCUGCGGAGUAGUAGGCCACUGCGUGCCUGAAAUUGCUACUGUUCUAUGGGACAGGAAAAAAGUCCAAGGUUAGCUCUCUGCUGUAUCAACUUGUGUCUUUUCAUGAGUAGCAUAUGUUCUUUGAUCUUGUAUGUGCAGAAUAUGUUUGUUUUUGAGGAACUUGCAUUGUGAUGGUUAAAAAAUGAAGCUAAUGCCAGGGAUCUAUAGCAUGAACAAAGAGAACAAUCUCAUCUUUUGCUGAGCUGUUUGAGCACAUGUAUCUAUUCUAUCACAAACAAAAUAAGUGCCUUGAGAUACAUGCAUGGCUUCCAAUUCUCCGCUUUGAGUGUUUGAACCUAUUGAUCAAUAUUUAUUUUGGCUCUGUCUUUUUUUGUUAAAAAAAAGCAUAUAUUUACUUUUUUCAAAUAAUAGUUAGAUCCGCGAGAAGCAAAUAAAGGCAAGAAAUGUUAAUGUUUGAUAGAUUAAUUCAUAAAGAACAAGUAUGAAUGCUUUCAAAGCACAGAAUGUUACAAUUGAUACCUUUUGUUUGAACUGUAAAGCUAAAAGUGCUAGAAAGUUCAAAUAAGUCAGGGCCAAUUCACUGACUUGAAUUUGAAACAUAUUAUUUCUACUUGACGUUUUGAAGCUAAUGUGAAGGCAUGAGGCCUAAGAUGAUUGUUGCUUGAGACUAAUUAGGCUUUUUGUUGACAAUAAUGCUGUCUGUCUUGUUUUUUUGUGUGAUGUUUUCCAAAAGGCCUCGUUGAUCAUAUCAGUAUUCGUUAUGCUUUUUAAAUGUGAUAUUCUAUAACGAAUUUUUAACCUUCUGUGAUUUUCUUUAAUGAGUAUUGUCAAAUAUUGUGGAUAUUUUCAUGUUGUGAUUUUAUAUAUAUAGUGCAUAUGGGUUCUUUUUCAUUUGAACUAUGUGUCACUUAAAACUGCAGAUAAGUUGGCUAGGAUUACUAAGAAAACUUUGGUCUUUCAGUUGAGGCUGGAAUGUGAUAAUCCACUCUCAGACUGUGUGUACUCAAACUCCAGGACACACAAACUGCUACUGUUUAACGAUAUAUGCCAAUACCCUAUCAUGAACAACCUAAGUUGCUCUGAAAGAGGGGUUCGAAAGGAUAAGUUUGUAUAUUUAGAAAAUGAGACUUGGGAUGUGACUAAUAUGAGAUCUGAUUUUUGAGCAUUGGCAGGUGCACCACUUGUCCUAAUUAUAACAGUGUAUAGUGAACUACUGUGCAACACUUGUCAUAUUUGUAAUAAAAUAUAGUGAACUACUGUAAAAUGUUGUGUCGUUUUCUUCUAUGAUCAAGUAAUGUGUCUGUUGCUUAAGAUUGGAAAAAUAAAAAAAGUGUAAAGAUUACGACAA